CUCAUAUUUCACCAUCUUUAUCAUCAUCAUUCCUUCUUUGUCUUGGUGAAAAAAUAGAAUAAAUAAACCAAUGCCAGAGUGAUCCCAACUUCAUAGCAAACCGUGAUCUGAUCAAGACCCAGCUUCCAAAAUGCAAUUUUGGUUUUGGGUUUUAAACCUUGUUCUGAUAUUUUCACUACUCAGUCACUUCUCAGAAAGUGUAGCACAGAUAUCCUCACCACCACAGGCUCCAAUAUGUUCAGAAGAAGACAGAGCUUCUCUUCUGAGCUUCAAAGCAAGCAUUUUGCAGGACACAACAGAUACUCUAGCUUCGUGGACAGGCAGAGACUGCUGCGAUGGAGGCUGGGAAGGAGUUCAAUGCAAUCCAUCCACAGGGCGAGUUAAUGCGUUGCUGAUACAGAGGCCUGACAGAGAUAGUGGCACUUAUAUGAAGGGUACUUUGUCUCCUUCACUGGGAAAUUUGCUUUUCUUGGAGACCCUUUCACUGAGUGGGAACCAUCUGAAAGGGCAGAUCCCUUUAACACUAGGGAAUCUUAAAAACCUUAUCCAAAUUAAUUUAGCAAGAAAUUUUCUGGCAGGUCCUAUCCCCCUCUGUUUUAAAACCCUUCGAAAUUUGCAAUACCUUGAUCUCGGCUACAAUUUAUUAUCUGGGUCAAUCCCGGAUUUUGUUGGGGAGUUCAAAAAUUUGACUUUUAUAGACCUAUCCUAUAACCUGCUAACAGGGAAAAUUCCAAUUUCCUUGUUCAGCCUUAUCAAUCUUUUAGACUUGUCCUUGAGCCAUAACAAGCUCACAGGGAACAUCCCAGAUCAGAUUGGGAGUCUGAAAUCACUAACAAGUCUUCAACUCAGUGGUAAUCAGCUCACAGGGCAUAUUCCACUGUCCAUAUCAAGAUUACAGAAGCUUUGGUACCUUAAUGUAUCGAGAAAUGGGAUUUUAGAUCCCUUACAAGAUAUCCCAAGCAAGGGCAUCCCUUCCCUUUUGUCCAUAGACCUGUCAUACAAUAAUCUCAGCCUGGGAAGUGUUCCUGAUUGGAUCAGAAGCAAGCCACUUAAAGAUGUCCAUCUAGCCGGGUGCAAAUUGAAGGGAGAUCUUCCACACUUCAUCAGACCAGACUCUUUGAGCUCCAUAGACCUAUCAGAUAACUACCUGGUUGAUGGUAUUCCAAAUUUCUUCACAAAUAUGUCCAGUUUGCAAAAGGUCAAGCUCUCAAACAAUCAGUUGAGGUUUGACAUUUCUGAAAUCAAAUUGCCAGACGGGUUGUCUUCCAUAGACUUGCAUGCAAAUCUACUCGGAGGUUCACUGUCAACAAUCAUAAAUAACAAGACAAGCAGCUCUUUGGAGGUUAUAGAUCUAUCAAACAAUUUCAUUUCAGGUCACAUUCCAGAAUUUGUGGAAGGCUCAAGCUUGAAGGUGCUAAACUUGGGGAGCAACAAAAUUUCAGGUCCAAUCCCAGUUUCCAUCUCAAACUUGGAGGUACUUGAGAGAUUGGACAUUUCAAGGAAUCACAUAUUGGGAACCAUCCCUUCAAGCCUGGGUCAGUUGCUGAAGCUUCAAUGGCUUGACGUAUCCAUAAAUGGACUUUCGGGACAAAUUCCAGGUAGCUUGUCACAGAUCACUAAUCUAAAGCAUGCAAGCUUCAGGGCAAACAGGCUAUGUGGAGAAAUACCACAAACUAGACCAUUCAACAUCUUUCCACCAGUUGCUUAUGCCCACAACUUGUGCUUAUGUGGCAAACCUUUACCGCCAUGCAAGGGAAAGGAACAAGAGAGGAUGGGUCAGUGA